UUUACAGUUGGCAGUGUUAGCAAUUGGCACUUGGCAGUAAACUUACAAAAAAAGUUGUUCUUCGGUUAAAGACAAAAAUAUUUUUGUGUUAUGGCGUCUGUACAAAAUUUUAUUAAACACUAUCAACAAGCAAUGGAAAUAUAUUGCGAUAAUGUACAUAAAACUUUAAAGUACAUAAGUAAAUUGGAUCUAAUUAAUAUAACAGUGCAGCACCUUCGAGAAACUGGUGUGGGCCGAUUUGUCAAUCAUCUUCGUACUGUAAAAUCUCUAAGAGUUAAUCGGGCUGCCAGAGCACUUGUGCGCAAAUGGAAGCUAAUGGUGGCUUCUGAAAAGAGUGACCAGGAAACAGAUAAUGAAAUAUUCGAGAAUGAUGGAAAUUCAAAUGGCAACCAUAGAUCAAAAUACCAACAAGAAGAAUAUGAAACUGAGUCAAAGCAAGAGGAUAAAUCAAAUAGACACAUGAAUGGUGACCACAAUUGUAAUAAGAGAAAAAAUCAGAGUAGUAAGCGUUGUCAAGAAGAGGGGAAGAAACUAAAAUCCCUGACGGGUAAUAUUAAAAUAGCCCAAAAGGCAAUAAAGGCGCCAAUCAAACAGACAGAAAUGUCGUACGUUGAUUUAGUUGCCAAUCUACCGCGAAGUAUUGCCAGGAGACCACAUUGUCAAGAAGAGAGGAAGAAACUAAAAUCCCUGACGGGUAAUAUAAAAAAAGCCCAAAAGGCAAUAAAGGCGCCAAUCAAACAGACAGAAAUGUCGUACGUUGAUUUAGUUGCCAAUCUACCGCGAAGUAUUGCCAGGAAACCAGCACAGCACGGAACAGCAUUGGCUGCAACUGCAAGAACUGCAGCAGGAGUAGCAUCAUAAGCUUUUGCCCCUAACAUACUGAAGGGCGGAAGACCUACCUCAGUUCUCCCUAACUCUAUCGCCCUUCGUAAAACCUAAAAAAGCACCCCUAAUGCAAACAGCCCUCCAAUUCAUGAGGGGAAGAAAACUGUGAAUUUCCAUAGAAAUUAUUGUAAGCAAGUGUUACCGACCAGCGAUGAUGUGAGUUUUUGUCUUGGUUCAACUAACCAUUAAUAGGAAAUUUGUAAAUAAUAUAGCGUAUUAUUAUACAUACAUAGUUUUUGUUAUGCAUAUAGUAAUAUAUAUAUAAUGUUCAAAUCCUGUACAGAAUGUACUUUUGAUAACCUGAAAACCCCUGAUCAAGGUUUUUAUAAGAAACAAAAUCCAAUUGUUUUCAGGACUUGGGGUAAUGUAAAUAUAUAUUUAUCACAAUAAUCCUUAUAAAAUAAAUCUUAUAUAUAAAAUCCAAUAGUUAAAUUUCAUUUAUAUAAAUUAUAUGACAUUUUGAUUUUUUAAAAAUAUUAUUAUUAUUUUAUUAUACAGAUUUCAAUUAAAACAUUACAAGUGGAACUUAUAAUCGAAUCUUAAAUGAUACAAAAUAUUGUAUAAAUGUUAUGAAUAUAAAUAAUCAAUAAUUCUAUAUUAUAAACUCUUUAGAGCUUUACAUUUUCAUAUUUUUGUAUUUACUUAGGGUGAUAUUCAGAGUCGAGGGCCGAGGCCAAUCACUAAAUAUGGCUCCCAUAUGUCAAAAGUGUUUGGAGUUACAAUUCACUUGACUAUGAAUCUUGCCUUAAUUAUUAUUUUAUUUGCUUAACAGGCUUUCAAGUUUACAUAGUCCAAUAUCAACUCAAUUAUUUCAAUAGGUAAUACAACUACAAUUUGUUUUUUUGUAAACUGUGUAGAAGACUCAGGAAUCCUUUUUUGAUUGAAAUUCAAAGACAAGUUUAUGAAGGAACUUUCUUAUUUCUGAGAAAAAUAUAGUAGCUUCUAUAGUCUUAACAUAAUCCAGCAUUAAUAAGUUGAAGAUAACUCACACAUUGACUGGUAUACAAAUUAUUUUAGAAAUAUUUUAAUGUAAUGUAGUUUGUAUGUAGUCAUUAAUUUAAGAGUAUGAAAUAGGUGUUUGCGGUCCCUAUAACAAAUGACUGUUAUUAUAUUGAUGUUGCUAUAAUUUCUACACAAAUUACGAUCAAAAUUACAUUGAACACAUGUAUUUAGAAAAGUUAUUUAUAUAAUCUCAUUCGGUAAUAUUCUAAUUAUGAAAUGAAAUACAGACUUUUAUUGGCA